GAACUCUUCUGAAGUACACCCCUCUACUUCUUACUCUGCUACUACUACUUAAGUACGUUUCCCCUCAUUAGCGGGCCAUUUAUUGAUACAUUUCCGGCUUACUUUUAAUGUGAAUUUUCAUUCUGUUCAGAGGAGAUGGAGAUUUUGACAUUUCUUGUACUAUUUUGUUUUUCUAAAGCGCGGGCACAGCUGGAGGCAUUUUACCAUCCAUUGUCUUGGUCAACAGCAAAAUCAAAAUGUGGGGAUAGGGGAGGUUAUCUCGCUCAGUUACAAACUUCAUCAAAGGUGAUAGACCUGACACGGUUGGACGCUGUAUUCCGUCCAGAGGCCAUAUACUGGGUCGGCGGUCAUCUCCAAGACAAUGGUUGGAAUCUCUAUGACAACCGGUGUCACAAUAACCAAAGUAACCCAGGUACGCCAGUAGAUGGCAGACCAUCAAAAGAAUUGAUCGUUUACAAGGGCUGCUUUCGAUCUACCCUUAUUAAGGGAGGAAUUCCACUGAAAAAUAUCAACGCCAGAGACUGUUUUGAACAAUGUGGUUGGACGGGAACAGUUGGCCUAUACAGUACGAUGUGUUUGUGUGACCAUCAUUUACACCAGCUGACGCGUCUCCCAGAGGCUGACUGUGACAUUCGAUGUACUCGCUGUGACACUGACACUUGUGGUGGAAUAAAGGGCGUGUCUGUAUAUAGCUACAAAAAGAGUGUGAUAGAAAUCGUAGGGAACCAAACGGACGGGGAAAUGUGUGCCUACAUCCAUAUAGAUCAGUCAGGGGAGAGGACCAUGCGGCCCGCGGACUGUCUCACUCACCUGAAGUACCUCUGUCGAUUUGACAGCAAUUCAUACUGCGGCGGCAGCACCCACUGCUUCCGGCCGUCCUUCACUCCAGACACGUGGUCCAAGGCUUGGAAGACCUGUCAUUCCCUGAACGGAAGCCUAGCGUCUAUCAACAUUGACGAUGAUCUACCGACUGGAAAGUUCUGGGUGGCCAUCAAAAAGGACGUUCAAUGGCGGUGGUUGGAUGGUAGCUUGAUUUCACCAUCUCAGCUGACCACGUGGACAGUUUCAGGAAGUUCCGUAACAAAAUCUACCGGAAGCUGUUUAGCACUCCGUGUUUCCUCCAAAGACGAGGCCAUAUUGACGACGGUUCCAUGUAACAGGACACUCGGGUUCCUUUGUCAGUAUGGAUCCCUGAAGAAAGAGGAAUUCCUCUCCACGUCCAUUGAUCUGAAUGUUGUAGUGAAUAACACCGAUCCAUACAACACCACCUCAGCUGGACAGGAACCAAAGAGAGAAAAGUUACUUCUUACAAGUAAGUGUGCCGUUUUGUAUCUGGGGAUCGGGGUUGUGUCUGGAGUAGCCUUUGUGUUUGCAAUUGGCGUUUUCAUUUAUAUGGCAAGGCGGUGUUGUGUAUCAAAUUCGGAUUUUAAGCCUUUGAAAUCUUAUAACCAAAAACCAGAAAUAAUUCAUUGCAAAGAACUUGGAGAAUGGCGAAACGAUGUUGAUGUACGCCAUGGCGCAAGAAGAGAGGUGCGACCUGAAAGUGAAAUUCUAGGGGAAUGGCCGAAGGAGGGAGAAACGCUGGGAGACUGGCACAGAACAGAGGAAAAGAUGGUGGAAGUGCGUAGUGGGGGUGACCUAGUGUAUGACGUUCCCUCGGAAAAUCGAAACGAGGCUCUUUUCAGACAAAACCAGCGAAUCAUCAAGCAAGGUUCGUGGCGAUGUGGUAACGAGUUACAUGUACAGGUACCAAGGAAAACUUCCACAGGGUCCUGGCGUGAGGGUCGUCUAAAGGAGCGACCUGUGAUGGGCUGUGAAAUUCUAAACACGUACCCUAGUCAGGAACGGGAUUUCCGGGAUAUAAGCUAUGCCAUCCACAGAGGCCAAAACGAUUACCAGAGGCGUCAAAGAGAAAACGGCAACGUCAUCAUAGACACGGACUACGAGGAAAGGGACCUCGACAUGAGACUACGUCAGCCGAUGCCCCCGCCGCCCGCCAACGAGGUGUUCCUAGCAGACACGUACAGCUUUCCUGUGAGGAACAGACAGUCCGCCGGUGAAAUCCACAUGGAUCCCAACGAACUGUACGCCACGGUUCACAGGGCCGUGUAUAGAGAUGAAGAUAACGCCGAUCAAAUGGUGUCAAUGGUGUGAAGCAUCUGCAUGAAUAGUAGUAUUACCCGAUCUAACUUAUGUUCAAUUUAUUCGUGUAAAGUAACAGUAAUAAACUCAUUAUUUGAAUCA